CGCCGUCUGCCUAGCCUGCCUUGUGUUGGUAGCAGAGAGACGAGGCGGCCGGCGUAACAGUAUAUUCGACUAGUGCUCACGAUAUUUAUAAGUAAAAAAUACGAAACAGAGAACGGGUGAAAAAGUUGAUCUACAACACAGAUUUGAUAUAAGUAACCAUGUUGAAAAGUCUAAGAAGAUUACAGUCUUGUAAGGUUGUGUACUUGAUAAAUUGCAUACAAAAUAACAAAGUUAUUCCCAGACCUGUGUCCUUUGUGCAGCAUCUGGACUUGCAUCGCUGUUAUGGCAUCAGACAUUCUCAUGUCCCAUUUGUUGAAGAAGAUACCCUGAGCUUCAAAAUAUUGGAAUAUAUGAGAAUUAGUGAUAAAUAUACCACUGCCCUUACUAAGGAAAAAAAUGAACAAAACUCUUCAGAAACCAGUCAAGCUAUCAAGCAGAUGUUACUUGUCAUAGCUCAUAAUCCUGAUGUUAAAACAUCAGAUGUUCUUCAUUUGUUCUCGUUAUAUGCUUCAUCUGGACGUUUUUUAUCCCAAGAUAUAAUAUCAAACAAGUCAUUGAUGUCUGAGGCAAAACACAAGAUUUUACAAAGCUUUCCUUGGAUGACAGAAAAUGAACUGAAAAAUUUAGCCUACAUGUUAAAGGAAUUAGAAUUUGAGAAAAGUGGAUAUUUACAGUAUCUUGUAAAAGGAAUUGAUGAAGAAUGUUUAAAAAGAUCCUUAGCAAGUGAUCUUCCUGAGAGUCUCAGACUGUUUGAUAUCCUCUUGAUUCUGCAUGGUAACAGAAUUUACAGGAAAAGAGAAUAUGACACUUUUUUAUCACUGUUUGAAGCUAAUGUAGACACAGCUCAUCCUCAUCAUUUAGUUCAAAUUUUGCAUUACAUAGGUCUUGGCAAGAAAAGGAAGUUGUCAAAAGAAUUUGUUCUGCUGAUAAUUGAGAAACUGGAUAAACAUUUGGCUGAUCUGACAUUCGGAGAUCUUGGAAUAGCAGUGGCUGGCAUAUUCAAAUCCAAUGUCAAGCUUGAGAGAACAUCAGCCUUUGUUAAAAAAGUUGCAGAUCUUAUGAAAUAUAAAAUAAAAGAAUCUGUAUUGCUUACAGAUAUUGAAACUUAUGGCCUUGUUUCUAUGAUCAAACUCAUCCGUGUGGCAAGAUUCCAUGAUGAUGAUCUUUUGUCUGCUGUCAAAUCUUUUGUGAUGAGUUGUGAUGAAAGGAUUCUGAAUGCUCAGAUUGUUUCACACAUCUUGGCAAUGUUCUCUAAUUGUAAUGUUUAUAAUGAAGAACUCUUUGAUAAACUAGAAAAUCAGGUUCUUAAACUCAUUAGAGCUGACACACAUGAGUUAAGGAUGAGGGACCUUACAAGGGUGCUUUGGUGUUUUAGUCAUGUAGGUCAUAAAUGUAGUACUCAAACAUUAGAGGUGUUUGAUGAAUCUUUCAUGGAGUUCAUUCAUAAAGGGGAAGUUGCUAGAUCACCAUACUUCCUGUCAGAUGCUCUCUUCUCCAUGGCAAUCCUCCAGCAUUAUCCAGAAGCAUUGAUUAAAGAAGCAUUCAAGCCAGAAAUGAUUCAAGGACUGAAAGGGCAUCAAAAGAGUAAGCAGCUAUCCAGAUUGCUUAUAUUACAUGAAUGCCUGAAGACAGAAGUACCUACACUGAGAAUGGAACCACCUGCAGUGGAGAAGUUUGAAAUACCGAGUAGAACUCUUGCAGAUGAAAUCCAGUACCGCCCACAUAUUAAGAAGUUAAGUGAAGGGGCUAAGUGGAUUAAUUCAGUUGUUGGAAGAACAGUGUUGAGACUCCAGUUCCCAAUACCUUAUAUAAAUUAUGCGAGUCUGACUACAGAUUUUAACCAACUGAAAAGUGAAGAUUCUGAUAGUGGUACAUAUGAAGAUACACAGCAAAUACAUAUUUUUCAACAGCUGUCUAAAAUUAGAGAUAUUCAGGAUAAUAAAAACAUUGUAGUUGAAGUUUUAGAUUUACCAUCAUUAUUGAAUGGAACUUCAGAUCCAGUUGGCCUUUUUAGGCUAAAAUUCCGUCUCCUAGAGCAGUUAGGUUGGGAUAUCAGGUAUAUCACUAGUUUGGAAGUGGAAAGUUGUGGUGAUGAUGUUCAGGGGCUAGGAGCUCUGUUGUUAGAGAAGAUAAAUUUGCAUCACAAAACAUAAGAGACCAAGUAAUUGUGUAGAAUUGCAUAAAUAUUUUAAAAUGUAGAUAUGAUGAUAUUAUACUCUGAAUUUUAUUGAUUAUUUUGGUUUCAUAAUGUAAAUGAUUUGAUAAUAGAAGUCGCAGUUUUUGUUUAUAAUGAUUUAUUUUCCAGGUCAAUUUUGUAAAUAAAAGAAAACAAGCAUACUGUGUUUAUGUUAACAGGUUCCUACAGCACAAUGUUAUGAAUUAAUGAACUCAUUCUGUGCAAUGUGACCAACUGAUGGGUCAUGAUAUAUCAUUUUAUUUUGUGAUGUGACCCACCUUGGAAUUAGAAAUUCAUACUUGUAUAAUUUUUUUUUUUUUUUUGUAAUGUAUUUCCAUUUCCAUGCUCCUUAGAUAUUGUUUUAUAGAAGUUUAAGUAUUUAGUCUAAAACAGAUAUGAUAAAAUAUAUUUUAAAAGCAUGAACACAAACAUAGUAUAAAGACCACUAUUGUUGUUUUAAGAAAUUAUCAAAAGUAUACAUAUAUGAUAGAAUGUUUUCUUUUUAAACACUUUGGUAUUACACAAUACUAUUAAUAAAGCAUUGCAAACAUUCUAAAGCAUACAGAUUUGGUUAUGAGCCUAUUCCCACUUGUUUCACCAAUUUUUCUGAUUUUUUUGUAAAUGUAGAACCUGGAGUAUGAUUUCCCAUUGAGGCCUUGAAUUGGCCCACCAGGUGUAUGCUCACUAGUUGGUUGUAUCAGAGACAAAUUUUUUUGCUGAUGGCACAAGAAAAUUUUUCUCUUUUUGCACCAAGGUGAUUGGGUAUCAUCAGGGCAUCAUUGCAUUGCGAAGGGGAUGGAAUGUAUUAAUGUGAAUAUCAAAUAAAGCUAUACAGAAUCAGA